AUGACGCGAAAUACGGUUAAAGCAGUUGUACUGAUCGGAGAUCCUGAACAACUGGCCCCAACCCUGAUCAGUGAGAACAGCGGCAAUCCGGAGGCAAGCUAUGCCAAGCGAUCGUUGAUGGAGCGGCUGCAAAAAACAGGUUAUCCCUGUGCAAUGCUACAUAACAACUACCGCUGCCAUCCCGAUAUCCUGGACAUGUUCAACCGCCUCACCUACGACGGUCAGCUGCAAGCGGCAGCAACUAAUUCACACCCUGAGCGAGUGGGCAAAGUUUGGACAAGCUUUGCGCAAGCUGCGGCAGAAAAACCACUAAAGUCUUCUUCGUUGGAGAAUCGAGGGCAGGUAAAGAUGGCCUUUGAUUUUUUGAAGGCUCUUUAUAGCCAUCAGACGGCCAAUCAAGAAAGAAUUCUUCCGUCUGAUGUUAUGUUGAUCAGCCCAUACAAAGCCCACAGGAAGGCAGUCGCAGAGAUGGCUAAAGAGCACCAUGUCAAUUUCAAUGAGAACGUCACUAUAGAUACUUCACAGGGCCAAGAGGCGGAGAUUGCCAUCUACAUGCUCGUCAGACCAUCCUGGAACCCACAUGAGGUUGGGAUUGUCGCCGACAAACGUAGGCUGAAUGUUGCUCUUAGUCGAGCAAAGCGAUUGCUCAUCGUCAUUGGGGAUCUCAAUGCAUGGGACCAGCAACAGCGACAAUCAUUGGCAAAGCGCAGGGCCAAAAAGCAACUGGUGGAGUUCCUGAACGAUAUGGCAAAGAAACAGGACGUCGUAAACUGGUUAUCUGCACCGGCCGCUCCUAUUUCGUCUAUGGCAUCGCUCACAAUCGUGCGUGAUUCCCCAAACUUGGAACCUCCUACUUCCUCCAAGAGACGUGAAGGAGAAGGAUCUCCAAGUCCUCGGAGCAUUGAUAUGUCUACGCAGAAUCUUGAGCAGGCACCACCAAAGCGGCAACGACUCAUGCCCAGUUCUUCAAGCUCCGGUGUCCACUCUGAUCUCUCUGAUUUCCACAAGAAUAUUGAUAUCUACGAGUUUAAACAUACAGCGGGGAAAAAACGAACUGGAUGA